CACUGAAAGGCAGCACUCAUACAUGGUACUGAUAGGUGGCACUGAUAGGCAGCACUGACUGGCACUGAUAUGUGGCACUGACUGGCACUGUUAGGUGGCACUGACUGGCACUGAUAGGUGGCACUAAUUGACAGCACUGAUAGGUGGCACUGACUGGCAUUGAUAGGUGGCACUGAUGGGUGACACUGAAAGGCAGAUCAGAUGGGCACUGAUAUGUGGCAUUGAUGUGCACUGGUAGGCACUGAAAUGUGGCACUGAUGGGCACUGGCAGGUGGCAUGGAUGAGCACAGACAGCUGGCACUGAUGGACACUGACAGGUGGCACUGCUGGGGCUACACAGAUCAUCAGGGCACACUGAUCAUCAGUGCCCUGAUGAUCAGUGUACAUGUCCCCUUUGAGGGAUGCCAAUUACCGGCUCUGCUCUCCUCUCAAGCUGUCAGCGUGACAGCUCGGACACAGUGCAACACUGAUCGCUGCACUGCU